GUUUGGGUACUUAGCAGAUUCAGAUAGAUUCAUAGAGAGUUUAUGAGAUGGGUUUUCUCUCCCAAAAAAUUGAAAGAAGUGAGCUUGUAGCUGGUGAUCAUAUCUACACUUGGAGAGCUGCUUUCACUUAUUCCCACCAUGGCAUCUAUAUUGGAGAAAGCAAAGUCAUUCAUUUUGUAGGCACAUUUGGCAGCUCCUCUGAUCCCUUUCCAUGGUCUUCUUUUGGAUUCAGUGCUUCAACUUCAAACCCAUUAUCAGCCUGUCCAAAUUUUCCUUACUGUGGAUUUCGACAUCCUAACAGUGGGGUGGUGCUCUCUUGCUUGGACUGUUUCCUUGCUAAUGGGUCCUUGUAUCGCUUCGAGUAUGGAGUCUCUAAAGCCAAGCUCCUAUUCAAACUCAGAGGUGGCACGUGCACCACUGCAGAAUCAGACCCGCCAGAACUAGUGAUCCACAAGUCCAUGUAUCUGCUUCAACAUGGAUUCGGGGACUACAAUGUUGUGCGUAAUAACUGUGAGCAUUUUGCAAUGUACUGCAAAACUGAACUUGUAUGCAUUAUUGGAGGGAACGGACAAGCUUUUGUGUUUCAGGUUCCAAUCUUGGCAUCUGGUACUUGCAAAGUCAUGAAGUGGCUAGUUUCUGGAGCUGGUAUGGGUACAACCAUAGUAUUAGCAACUGGGACAUAUUUUGUGAGCAGGUAUUGUAAUGAUUUAGGCAUUCGAGUGGAUGUUAUGAAGCCCCCAGUGGAAGUCCUCGCUUUAUUUCAUGGUUCAGCAAGACAAUCUUCUUUCAGAGCCAGUCAAACUUCCAAUCCAAGUCCCAAAGAAUUUACAAAAUCAGAUGGGUAUUCCUCCUUGAAAGCAACUGAUUCAUAUGCAUUGUUUCUCAACAAUGAUUCUUCCCUUACCAAUUGGUCUAGUAUUGUUGAAAAUUCGACUUGUGAAGAGAAAAGAGAUGUGCAACUACCCAAAAUCGAUGAGAUUAUAAAGGAAUUAGAACAUCCAACCAACUUUGAAUGUGUAAAGGAUCUUCUCAGAAUGGAUAAAACUCUAAGAUCUUGUGUUCUGGCCAUAAAGAACUUUGUGAAGAAAUUGGUUGACAUGGAUCCCCUUGCACCAAAAGAAAUGAUUGAACUUGCUAACCCUAGUCUGAAGUUUUUUUCCCAGUUUCCAUUCGAUGUUGAUUCUUUGUACUUCUUGGUGAAGGACUUUAUUGUUCAAGCUUAUGAGCUAGCACGUGCAAGACAAGAGCUGAAUUUGUGCCGUUCAAAUUUCAACGACACUCAAUUGUUGGAGAAAACUUUUGAUCGUAUUCAAGUUUUGUCUGAAGAGUGCAAUAGCCGCGAGCUUUUAUGGUUGGAAGCUAAGAAAGGGUUAAAAGCCAUUGAAGAUGAAAUUGAGCCAUUGAGAUCUCGGCUUCAAGUUCUCGAGGGGGAGAGGGAUUCCAAAGAUGCUUAUUUUCAUAACAUCAAGAGUAGUUUGGAAUAAAACUAGAAGGAGCUUUCAGAUGCCUCUAAUCUCGUGGAUGGGCUCUAGUUGGCAUCAUCAUUUAAUUCUUUGGAGCAAUCUGCACAACUUGCUGAUUUAGAAGCAGCUUUGGGAGAUGCAAGAGCCCGACUAAUUUCAUAGAGUCCUAUACUUUUUUCUCUCUUUAUUACCUAUAGCUUAACCAUAGCUGGGUAGCUUUUGACAGUUUGAUGAGUUCAGUAAUUUUAGUAGAAUGAUCUUGUAGUGAGGUUAUGUGGGAAUCCCCUCUAUUCAGUAAAAAUAUUUUUUUACCAUCACUUCUUUUUUAAUGCUCUCUCUAGUAAAAUUGUCUAAUCUUCUCUGCUUCAGGUUUGGGGGUCUCGUUAAUCUGUGAAUACUUUCCCUAAUUCUGGAUUUCAACAGAAAGGCACAUGAAAGAUGACAAUCAUCAAUCUUCUAAACGACAAAGAGAUUUGGACAAGUGGUCAUUGUCUCUUGCUUGGCACUUAUAAACACAUCAUUAUUUGGCUUAAAAAGAAAGUCUUCCAACUGAGAUUAUGUGAUAUUAAAUAGUUUGCUACAAAUUUGUAUGCAUUUUUCUUUUUUAUCUUAAUAAAAUUGGAAUUUGCCUC